AACGCAGGCGUAGAAAAAUGCCGGUCAUUCACGCAGAGAGACGACAGACUAAUGACACUCAAGUAAACGAUUAAAUUUUGUCUGCUUGUCUGAAAGAAUUUUAACAAUACAAAACAUUAAUAGACUACUUUAAAAAAUUCUACUGGAAAAUGUACAAAUUGAAAAUAAUUGUAAUAAUUAAGAAUUAAAAGAUUUUGAAAAAUGGCUACAGAACGUGAAACAACAGUUCAAGAUCUAAAGGAAAAGGGCAAUAAUUGUGUAAGGGAACACAAAUAUGAAGAGGCAAUGUAUCACUACACGCUUGGAAUUAAAAUGGACCCUCAAAAUUAUUCAUUGUACAGUAAUCGAUCUCUGGUCUUUUUAAGAAUGCAACAGUAUCACUUAUCAAUGGAAGAUGCUCUUAUGACCAUACAGAUAAAACCCGAUUGGACCAAAGGCUAUUAUCGAAGAGCGGAAGUUGAAUUUCAUACUUUUCGAUUCAGUGAAGCAAUUCAGUCUUAUAGAAAAGCUCUCGAAUUGCAGCCAGAUGAUCCCAGCAUAAUAGACGCAAUGAACAGAGCUUCCAGGUCACUACUACAAGAUAAAAGAGCUGAUCAACAAAUUCCAUGGCUUGGUGCUGGAGUUGGAAUUAUUUUGGGAGUGAUAGUCGUCAUUGCCGAUUAUGUAUUCACAAACAAACCAACAUUGUCGCAUCCGAUUUUAAUGGUCCUAAUGACAAUGGCGAUAGCAAUAAUUGGUUUUGGUGUUGCAAAAGGUUUUCGAUAUUUCGUGAAAUGUCAAAGAAAAUCGUUACUUGAACCACCAGUGGAUUUAUUUGAAGAAAAAGAAAAAGAAGACGCACUGUCCGAUGCGGAUAAAAGUGGAGAGAAAGAUAAACAUCCAAAGUAUAGUAAAGCACAAGCUCGACAAAGAUUUAAGAAAGGUAAAUCAUAGAAAAUUAUUGCGCGCCAUUACUUAAUAAUCGUAAGUUAAACAAUUUUAUUUAGCAAAACUUUUCUCUUUAAUCAUCAAAAAAUUUCAAGCAUAAUCUUCAAAUAAUCUUCUAUACCUUUACCAAUUUUUCAAAAGAAAGAAAGAAAAGAAUUUUGAAAUUUUUACAAUUA